GGGCGGCUGACGAUGUGUAUUUUUUUGUGCAGAGUGUGCCGUCAGCCGACAAGCAUUGGACGACCAAAAGUCCAACGAGACGAGGGUGACGAUCCAGCAAGCUGGCGGGGAGACGUCUUUUGUUAUCCUUCUCCGACCCAACCAAAAGCGACUCGAUUCGGUGGACGGACGCCAGAGCGAGCACGUGAUCCGGCGGGCCACGACCAGGUACAAGAACCAGUUCGGCGGCACGAAGCAGAAGUUGCGGCGGCGCCCGUGCAUGUUAUAAUCUGAUCUGCCCGCUGCAUUCUUAUUGGCAAGGUCGGUCACCAAAGUCCGCAGCUGAUCAGAGAGCAUGCGAUGCGUGGGUGGUGGUGCUCACGCAACUUCAGACUCUUUUGAGGCUCUGCGAGGCGUCCAAACUCCUGGCGACCUACAGCUGGUGGUUUGCUAGAACUCCACCCCACCCCACCCCUCGGCGUUCCAGUGGCACCCCCCCGACGUGUGCGACCGCGAUAUUGCAAGGCACAUUGUACAUGGUACAUGCAUGUCAUCCCUGCCCUUACAAUCCUGCAACCAACCUCUGGCCUCAACCAGCGCCAAAGACCGAGAGGCCAUCUGACGGCAGCCGGGCAGCGUGCCCUGGGCCUCGAGUAAGUAAACAACCUCCGGCCAUCCCAUCCCUUCAAUGCCCGCGACCCGUUCAUCCUGACUGCCUCGCUGGCGACGCUGCGAACCAUUGUUGACCAAAAAGAGCCACGAACGCUGUUCCUGUUGCCAUUGCGUUUGCUAACCAUUGUCGUCGAACACACGCAGUCGAGGAAGGACUUGCGGCUCUGCAUCCACCCCCCGCACGAACCCGUGUCCAUAUCCAAAUCCAGAUCCAGAUCGAGAGUGCCACACGACGCGGCCUGACUUCCCUCUCUCGCCCGACGCGUCCUGCGACUACCCGUCCUCGACUCAGCCUCGUACGCCGGCGAUGGAACGACUGACAAAGGGAUGGGUUCACCAUCUGCGCAAAACGGCUCGGCAAGAGAGUGCAGUCCGGAGCAGCUGCCCCCUUUGCGAGGCCGAGAUCCAGCCGGAUCUCGAUUCUUUCAAGGCACACGUCCGCGCCGACGCCUCUGGCCAUCCCACGCUUGCUGAUGACGCCGACAUCGAGAAGGCCUUUAAAAACAUCACCAUCAACAAUACCCAAUCACACCCUGCAGCCCGGUCCCCCGAGGCCACCGGCCCCGGCAGACCAACCAGGAAGCGGCCUAUCCCCGGCACUCCGGCUUCGGUGGACCGUGCCGACGGGCUGGAUCGGUAUGAGGAUCCCGAGGACCAAUCCGAGGGCUACCACCGUCGCAGCAACAAGAAGCUCUGCUCUCCGCCAGCCUCAGUGGCCCAGCUGCGUGGCUCAUCCCCACCCACGCCAGGUCGGAGUCGCGCGAGGCCGAGUGAGUCGAGUGACUUCAACCGCAGCUUCGCAUCCAAGCAUCACCGUCCAACCACUCGUCACCUUUACAACCCUGAUGAUGACGCACGGCCUAAGACGCCACAGCCCAGGCCAUCUCAGCUCACGUCCACCCACUCACGGCGAUCCCCUCCGAACAGGACCCAGCAGCGAGGCCCCCCCCAACGGGACCUCGGCUCGCCCGUUGAACCCCCUUCGGUGACGGAGAUGAUCAGGCAACCAGAGACACGGCCCAUCUCCCCUGAGCAAUUAGUCGCCGAGGUCAAGGGCAUCUACGCAGGCCUGGUCAUGAUUGAGUCAAAGUGUAUCGAGUAUGAUAGCACGCAAGAGACGAAGCACCUCAGCCAGGAACAAUAUCAAGCUCUCAUCGCCUUACAUAGAUCGGUACUCCACGAGCAUCACGACUUCUUCCUGGCCAGCCAGCAUCCAUCUGCUAGCGAAGCCUUACGGCGGCUCGCCUCGAAAUACGCCAUGCCGGCGAGGAUGUGGCGCCAUGGCAUCCAUUCCUUUUUGGAGCUUCUUCGCCAUAAGCUCCCCGACUCCCUGGAGCACAUGCUGACCUUCAUUUACAUCGCCUACAGCAUGAUGGCAUUAUUGUACGAAACAGUGCCGGCCUUUGAAGAUACGUGGAUAGAAUGCCUCGGCGACCUCGGUAGGUAUCGAAUGGCUAUCGAAGAUGAUGAUAUUCGGGACAGAGAGACGUGGACAGGCGUUUCGAGGUAUUGGUACAGCAAGGCAUCAGACAAGUCACCCACAACUGGCCGCCUCUACCAUCACCUUGCAAUUUUGGCGCGACCCAAUGCGCUACAGCAGUUAUACUUCUAUACUAAGUCGCUUUGCGUACCGAUCCCGUUCCCUAGCGCGCGAGAAAGCGUCUUAACGCUAUUUGACCCUCUUUUAAACGGUUCGCCCCAACGGCUUGAUGCCGUAGAUGCCGCGUACGUUCGCGUGCACGGCAUCUUCUUUUCUGGAAAAUCAAAGGAACAACUAGAAAGUUCGAUGGAUGAGUUCUUAAGUCUUCUCGACGAUAGUAUUAACUCUAAUUGGCUCGAGGCGGGGUACUACGUGGGCAUCUCUCUUUGCUGCUUGCUAUUGGGUUUUAGCGCGGAUUCGAAUGUGUUGAUGCAAGCACUAAUAAGGCAGCAAGAAGAAGACGACGAGGCUGAUGACAGGUCGGUAACGGAGCCCGACUUGGAUCCCGAUGAGAGCUUUGAGCAGGCCUUGCAGUUCGCGGUGCAUAUUUACGAGAUUGUGCUCCGGAGGUGGGGAGAUAAGAAUACGCUGAGCUUCAUACAUACGACACUAGUAUUCAUGCUUCGGAUGUCCCAACUUCCAGCAGCCAUGUCGCAUCUCGAGGGCCGAUACCCCUGGAAGCUUACUUCUAUGAUGCUCAACUAUCUUCUCAAGACAAUAAAGAAAGAGCCAAGAAUCGACACGAAGGAUUUCCCCGGCCAGGAAAAGAAGAGUCAAGAACCUGUUCCCUUGCCGGAGGACUACGCGCUGCGCGGGCUGCUCUUUACCGAGGAUUUCUUCCCUAACGGCUGGUUCGGUAACGAGAAGCUCGACGAAACGGACCGGUAUCUGGAGGCGGCCUCCAAGACGUUGGAGCGGCAGGAGCGUAUUCUCUGGAUCGGGCGUAGGAUCGCCGACUCAGGCAAGUGGCUGACCUGGGAUGACAAGGCGCGUCGGUUCGGCGUGGAUUCGAAGUAUGAUUUUGAGUUGGAUGGGUUGCCUGGCGACAAUCAAGAUGCGGGCGGCGUCAUCACCGUUGACCCCGGACCCACGCCAAUGGAAAUAGAGGUGGACGACGAAAGAGGCAGCUGACAUUGCUGAAUUGGCUUUCCGUUGUCACCCCGCGCUGGACUCCUGGUCCCCAUCCCCGGCGGGUUGAGAUGGUGGCCAGGAACAGCUGUCCCAAAGUAAGUAUCGAAGUACAUGACUUGACGGCGAUCGUCAGUGAACUCAAGCACCAGCCGAGCUGCUGUAUGGACAACACGACGCUCCAGCAUAGUCGCUUUCGGCCCACAGACGCCUUCUGCGCGGCAGUGGCAGCGCCACGACCGGGGGGAGGGGAGCUACGUCCGUGGAGGCCCAUCUGAAUAUACGUUUACCGGGGAGAGGGGGGAUCGCAGCAGCACACAGUCAGGCCCAAUCCAGUGGCUGUUGUCUGCGACUGCGAAUGGAGGAGCUACGCCGUCACUGCCACAUGGCCAGAGUGCCAUGGUCCAAUAUCGUGUUUCGUCGGGGCGUGGACAUGCAGGUGCGCGUUGACGCACUACAAACGUUGCCGGGCAACUAGAUUGACUCAUGAAACACUUCCCUUUGUCCACCGUGUAUUCCGCCUGAGAGGAGAAGAGAGCACUCAACAGUGAGCGGCAGGGAAGGACGCGGCUGUGUGCGACAGUGCACGAUGCUGCCGCUCCUGCUGGCUUGGCGACGUCGGAGCUGGGGCUGUGUGUUCGCUACUAGUAUCUAGUAGUAAUCCGGGUUGAUAUUGGGACAUGAACUAGUUGGUACUCGGACGCACGCAGUCAAGGCGGUCACGCUGUGUGAUCCAACCUGUCCCUGCCAUCAAGGGCUUGUGGAGCGCAGCCAGAGACGGAUUUGCGGGGUUCGGCCAGCCGCCCACUCCAACCAAUUGUUGGCUGGCCACCUGAUGCCUCAUGCACAUGCAUGUACUACGUACAUACAUGCGUCGGCGGGGAAUGCAUGAUUGCCCGACUCAGGGCACUCACAGUGGGGUUGCAUAAGGUAGACAGAUAGUAUGUACUCCGUAGCUAGUGAGUACCGUAUAAUAUGGUUGCACAGUAUGUACGAGUAGC